CAGUAUUGUUACAGUGAAUCUUGUUUUACAGAAUCGAGGUAGUCACAUGAAUAAAGAAAAAUCACAUGGACAUUGUUAAACAGUUUUUUUUAAGAACAGGUUUUGUCUAGACACGUUUCAAUUGAUAGGAACAUUAUAAAUAUUUUUUUAUGUCUGGAGGCAACUGAGGGCAACAGUGAUUGCACAUUUUUUUCCUAUUCACUUUUUCCACAAAGACAUCAACAACAUUUCUUACCGGCAAAUCAUUAUAAAAGCUAAAUGUCUAAAUGAUUAUUAACUAGCAGUAAAUAACAAUAAGUGAUUUAAAGCAAAAUACUGCAUUUAAGUCAAAAAACUAAAAUGUGAUUUUUGUGUUAUUGUUUUUUUUUAUCUUCAAACCUUCCCAAAAAGAAAGCAAAAGAAAACUAAAGGUCAUUUAAACUGUAUUAAACCAAAAUUGAGCAAAAAUUCCUGUUAUCAAAGCCUAUACACAAGACAAUAUUAGUCUACUAAGGAUUCCCAAAGUGGUGGGCAUAUGAAAAUUCCAGCCUGUGUUAUCUUUGUAAAGAGCUGAAAUCAGUGGGAGUACGACAUAAGCCAGGAAUUUCCAAAAGUGACAACAGGGAAGUCCCUGCAAUAAGUAUAAAAACUGCAGCGACAUUGAGCACUUCACAGACACAGCCUCAACAUGAAGCCGACAGCUUUUGCUUUCCUGACAUUCAGCCUCAGCAUAUGUCUUACAGUAGAGAGUCAGUAUAUUCCAAAGACCUGCCAGUGUCCAAAGAUGAGGAAACAAGUCAAGGGCCCAUUUAGUGACUUCAGCGUGAUCCUAAAAGGACCCACCUGCCUCAAAGAUGAAAUUAUAGUCACACUGCAGAGGAAUAAAAGUCAAGUGUGCCUCAGUCCAAAUGACAAACAGGGCAAGAGAUUGAUAAUAUGUUGGCAAAGGAAUGGCAAAGACAGCAAAAGAUGUUUACGUAAACUACAACAGAAGAGGCCAAACAAGAGAAGGCAAAUCAAAUCCAAGAAGGGCUCUUAAGUGAAAUAGUAGGCACAUGUACAUGUAAAAUCUUAAAAGAUCCUGGGAACAGAAUGCCCUUUAAGCUUGUGCAAUAUGUUAUGGGAUUUCUGCACUUUCAUAUGGAGUUUUCAAGCCGAGGAUAAGAAAAGGCUCUAUUCAGAGGAGUGCUCAAUGGAUUGCAUCUAAUGAAGGCAUGUUAUAACAGGGAUGGAAUCGAGCAAAGACAAUUAUAAAGACAUUUGAGCCCUGCUAUGCAGGUCGAACAUGCAGUUUAAAAACUUUUAAUGUGUUGAUUUUAAAGCAUGUGUUCUGUGAUCACAUGAAGAAAGUGAAUUUUGUAAAGUUUUAAUAUAAAAUAGUGUAAUAAAUAUGAAAAUGUUAUGUGUCUCUUAAUUCUUGUU